AUGAAUAAAGGAAGAAGAAACAACUCUGUAAGAGUUGAGGUUCCUUCCAUUCGACUAACCCGAGCUAGGGCUAAAUCUUUAGGCGAGCCAGUUCAUCAUAAUUUAAAACGAGUAGCUUCAGAUGAGAAUCAACUUCCCAAAGAUAUCGCCGCCGCACGUCCUCAGCAAAAGAAAAGAGCUGCCCUUAAGGAUGUAACAAACGAUGUAAAGGAUAAUCUCAAACCAAGCUUUCAGGCGGGUAAGCUGCAGAAGAAGGGAAUUGCAGAGAAGGUAGGGGGGAAAGCACCAUUGAGUAUUUAUCAGGAUGAUGAAUCGGUUCAGAGUUUUGUUGCAUUAGGGUUAGAGGAUAAUGGGGUUUAUAGAUCAAACGAGGUUACUGACCAGAGAGAAGAUCAUGCAGUUAACUUUACUCUGGUUUCUGAAUCUUCGAACAAGCAUGCUCGAAUUCAUGGCCCAGAGAAGAAAGAAGGUUCAAAUGACCAGAAGGUGGUUGAUCUUGAUUUUAACUAUAAGGAUCCUCUAAUGUGCAGUCAAUAUGCUCCAAUAAUCUACACUAAUUUACGGGCUAAGGAACUUGAUUGGAGACCACUGUUCAAUUACAUGGAAGUGAUACAGAAAGAUAUUAGUCCAAACAUGCGAAGAAUUCUGGUUGAUUGGCUGGUGGAGGUUUCUGAAGAAUACAUGCUAGUUCCAGACACACUCUAUCUGACCAUAGAUCUUAUUGAUCGAUAUCUCUCCCGUAAUUCAAUUGAAAGAAAGGAUCUCCAGUUGCUUGGUGUAACCUGUAUGCUAAUUGCUAUGAAAUUUGAAGAAAUGAAUGCACUGCGUGUGGAAGACUUUUGCUCCAUUACAGCUGAUUCCUACACUAAAGAAGAGGUGUUGGAAAUGGAGAUUGAAGUAUUGAACCUUUUAUGCUUCCGACUUUCUGUUCCAACCACAAAAACGUUCCUGAGGAGAUUUAUUCAAGCAGCACAAAUGUUGUACAAGGUUCCUUCUGUUGAGCUGGAAUUUCUGGCAAAUUAUUUAGCAGAAUUAUCGCUAGCUGAAUAUGGCUUCCUGAAGUUCCUUCCAUCACGAAUAGCUGCAUCUGCCGUUUUUCUAGCCAGAUGGACUCUUAAUCAGAUCGACCAUCCAUGGAAUCCAACUCUUGAGCACUAUACUGGCUACAAGACAUCAGAUUUGAAAGUAACAGUUAUUGCACUGCAAGGUUUGCAAUUGAAUAUUGAUGGUGAAACUCUGGAGGCUAUUAGUCAUAAAUACAAUCAAGAGAAGUUCAAAUGUGUAUCAAGCUUAUCUUCAACAAGGCCAGUUGAAUCGCUGUUUUAAAGCUGAGCCAGUGACUGCUAAGGAAUCGCCAUUCUGCUUGGAGAUAAUGGCGAAAUGUAAGAGUUAAAUUAGUUACAGAAUUUGUUGUAACUUUAGCUGUAUGACUGUAUCGGUUUCCUUUGACUAUUUAUGACUGCAAACUUGCUAUAUUAUAGUCUUCUUCAAGAUUUUCUAUGUUGGACUAGAGAUUUUUAUGUCGUUGUGCUUGUUUGCAAACGAGGAUACUUUUAUCUGAUGAAUUGGUUUUGAUUA